GCGAGAGCUGUACACACUCGUGGUUCUUGAUAUAAAAAAAUAACUUCACUCGCUAUUUACCGGGAAAAGUAUCAGAAUAACUUCUGCACGUUUGUUUACGAGUUAAAUUUAGCGUCGCCACACUUUGUCAACAAAAACACAGCAGCUCAGAAGGAGUUUGUUUUCUAGGUGGAAAUCAUACACAGCCCAUUUGACCGAGCGAGAGAAGGCAGCCGUCUGACUGCUGAUGAUGGAUGACGUGGAGGGAGAGCUGGGACGUCCUGAAGGAGACUUCGAGGAUGACAACGACCUUUCAGACAACACCUCUACCAGAGGAAAGAGAAAAUCCAAGUUCUCACCGGGUAUUCCCAUGUGUGUAGAAACAUUGAAGGAAACUGGGUUCCACCAGAGCACCAGGCUCUGUCUGGAGCACAUCAGAGAGGCAAUGCUGCAUCAUCGAUGGCAGGAGGCAGCAGAAUUUAUGGCGUGUUACCCCCAAAUGUUAGAAAACACAACUCGCGACUCCACAAAGCAAUAUAAAGAGGUUAUUUGGAGACUCAGCACUGAGAUCCUUCACCAUCACCACAACUCAAAGAUGGAGGAUUACAACAACAUCUAUGAACGAAUAAAACACUCAGGAGUAAAACAUUACCUGAUGAUCAGUCUGGAACACGCCUUCCACAUGCUGCUCAACGGCCACAUUGAAGAUGCAAAGCGUCACCUGUUGGCUGCUGAAAGCUGGAGGUACGGGAAGGAGUCAACGGACCAGUACCAGAAGGUGAAGCUGAUCCAGGCCUACAGAAGCCUGCUGGAUUAUAUCAUCUGGUGUGACAAGAAGUUCACACUCUCUGGCGGCAACUUUAAUGACCCUGUGGGCAACCAGGAGAUGCAGAACUAUUUCAGACAGGCUUCUGUGAAUCUGAAGGAUAUUUUGAAAAAUCCUGGAGUCUGGGAUCAAUUCAUACUGAGUUAUGUUGAGAUGCUGGAGUUCUAUGAGGAUCACGAUGAGGCUCUGAAUGUCCUGAACGACUACGCAUAUGACAACAACUUUCCUCCUAAUCCCAAUGCACAUGUCUUUCUGUACCAGUACCUAAAGCGACACAAUUCUCCGGGGACCAAACUGAUGAAAGCAUUGAAGAUCCUCUGUGUAUCAGUCCCCAGCCAUGAGUUGAUGUUGGAGUACGGCUCUCUCCUGCUUCAGUCAGAGAAAGCCAGUCAUUUGCCCAAAGCUUUAGGAGUCGUUCUGGAAAUGCUGGAUUUCGCCUGCUGGAGGAGCAACCUGGACGUGUGGAAGCAUUUAAAAGCCGUCAUUCAGAAAUUACAGUUACGAGAAGACUGGAGGAAGGUGGUCCUUGAAAAAAUGGCGGGAAGAAAAGACUGGUGGCCGGUUCUCCACUUCACGAGCUUCCACGCCAGAAAAGACUCAGAGGUGAACCCAGAGCUGAUGGAGGUGAAGGCAUCACUCAUAGAAGUCCUCUGCCCGGAUAUAACUCUGAAGUACUGUGCUGCAGGGUCGAGCAGCUGAGAGUGGACCUGAGAGAGGAGCACAGAGAAAAUAUUGAAUUGUGUGGAUUCAGGGACGAGGCUGAGAUCCUUUCAGGAAUCAUCAGAAAACACGGACAAAUGUUUUGAUGACGAAGAGGAGUUUUCAUAAAUGGGAAAAUAACAAGAUUUAUUUUUAACAAAAAACAUUGUUCCCUCAUUUGCCAUGUUGCAUCAUGAGCUCUAUCAUGAAAGCACAUGCUAUACAGUCCAGCAGGUGGCGCUGUUGCUCUGUAUAUGUUUGCACUGAGUGUCUGGAGGGUAUGACCACCUGAUUUUGACAGAAACUGAGUGCUGCGCUGAAUCAGUGUUCACGCUCGCUCUCAUGGUUUCUGUAAACAUCUUAAUGAGAGCUGAGUCUCGCUCGGGCCUCCACCGACCUUUGACCAGCGUGUCGGGGGGUUUUAAGGUCAUUAGUGAGCGAGCGCCACACCGAGCCUGAGGGAUCCUCUCUCUGUCAACUCCACUGUCACGUCAGAACAGUACAAUGACCCUUCCGCCAUAUCAUUUGCAGCAGGGAAAGUCCAUGGGGCAGACCAAUGACAAGCGGUUACCGUGAACGGCUUUAAAAUGUUUUUCUGUAACAAUCAUUUCUCGAUUUACGUGAGUGGAAAAGAGAAGCUGGAAUAUUUUUGCACAGAAUCACUCUAUCCAUCACUGUCAGGCCCUGAUUUCAGUAAAGAGACUCGUACGUUUUGAAGCAACAAAAAAAAAUAGAGAUAUUUUUGUACUGAGAAUGUUUCCAGUGGCUCGACAGGAAACUCGGCCUUCAGAAGCUGCGCUUUGCUCUCCUCCUUUUGUACUGAGCCAUGAAAUAAAUCUCGCAUCCAGCAGCAUGCCAAUUUAAUAAGUGAAA